AGCAUUUGACCAUCUCUAAUUAAAGAGUGUAAAUAAUAAUUUUUAGUUAUUGUAAUGGAUGAUUUACAAUUAGUUAAAUUGAUUGAAACCUUCUCUAUACUUUAUGACAAGGAUAGUGCAAGAACUGCUAAAAAUAUGGUACUUAAAGAUGAAGCGUGGAAGAAAAUAUCACAGAAACUAAAAGCGUCAGAACGCGCCUGUAUAACACGCUGGAAAAGCCUACGAGAUCGGUUUGGCAAAGAGUUUCGCCGCUUUCAAGAGAAUCCCGAAGAACCGACAAAUUGGGAUAUAUUUCCACAUUUGUUGUUCCUUAAGGAUCACUAUAAGCAUGGCUUAAAUAAAAAUGAAAAUCUCGAUAAACUAAUAUACCAACCAAAGGAAAAACGAAGAAGAUUAAGUACCAAGCCAAUUGAAAAGAAAUCGAAACCAAAAGAUUCUGAUGCAGAUAAGGACUAUGGUUCAGAAGAGGAUUUUCAAGAGGAUCUGUUGAACCAACAACUCAUUGAAUUGGUCAAAAUGCAUCCAGUGUUAUAUGAUAGACAUCAGAUACGUGUAUCAAAAAAUUUAUCAGCCAAAAAUGAGGCUUGGCAUGAAAUUUCCGAGAGCUUGAAUGUAUCAGAGGAAGUUUGCUAUAAUCGCUGGAAAAAGCUAAGAGAUCGUUUUGCCAGGGAAUAUAGAAAUCAACAAAUUAACCCAAAUGUGUCUAUAACCUGGAGACAUUUCAAUGAUUUACUCUUCUUAGAUCGGCAUUUUCGUAAAGGUGUUCCAUUGGUUUUACAAAAUAUCAAGAAACGUGGUCGACCUCCCAAAGUAAAAAAUUUGGAAACGACUAAAGCAAGUAGUGAUUAUAAUUAUAGUACAGAUAAUGAUAUAUUGCUUGAUGAAGAGAAUAACGAGGAGCUCGAAGACGGGAAUGUGGAGGAAAUCGAGGUGCUUUCCGCUUCAGAUUUGAUACUUAAUCAAAGUGAGGUUUCUGUUGUGACAACAACUACAAUGGAUAUACCCAGCACGACGAGUAUAUAUAAUUCAAUUAUUGCCGAGCCCCAGUGCGAAGAAAGUGAAAUAAAUUGCUCUUCCAGUCAAAUUCUAACAACUGUAAUAGCCAAUAUGGAAACAGUUUUACAACAAACCAAAGAGAUGCAGAAUCAAUUAGAAUUAGAGCAACAACAACAAUUACCAACGUGUGCCAAUAGUUUCUUAUCAAAAUCAAAAUUAUUACUCGACGGACUGAGUCCAACGGAAAAACGCAGUGCUGAGCGAAAAAUUGUGCAAUUUCUUUGUGAAUGUCAAAUGAAAACAUUAGAUGGUGAAGAAAUUGAAGAUGUGAAACAUUGUCAAUUUACUUAGUAUGAAUUUAAGAUAAUAAAGUUACCAAUACAAGGUAUAAAUGUUCUUAAGGUUUAUUGUAUUAUUGUGAGAUAAUGAUUUUUUCGAAAAUAAUA